AUGGCAGUAGAUUACUCAGUCUACCUAGUCACGGACUCGACGCCCGCCAUCCUCGGAGACAAAGACCUCAUCUCCGUCGUCGAGUCCGCCCUCCGCGGCGGCACAACCCUCGUGCAGUACCGCGACAAAACCAGCACCAACGAAGUCGUCCUCGCCACAGCCAAGAAACUACACCAUCUCACAAAGAGCUUUGGCGUCCCUCUCCUAAUCAAUGAUAGAGUGGACAUUGCCGUUCAAAUCGGCUGCGAGGGCGUGCACAUCGGCCAAGAUGACAUGGAAUUCGAAAAGGCAAGGAACCUCCUCGGUCCAGACAAAAUCAUCGGCGUGACAGCCAGCUCCAAAGAAGAAGCCCUCAAGGCAAGUGCCGCAGGCGCAAAUUAUCUCGGCCUCGGCACCGUCUUCUCAACAGCUACUAAAAAGGACACGAAAUCCAUCAUCGGGCCCUCUGGCGUCUCUGAGAUCCUCUCCGCCCUCCACCAAGCAGGCCACUCCAUCCCCACAGUCUGCAUAGGCGGCAUCAACGCCUCCAACACGACUGACGUGCUCGCCCAGUCGGCCUCGUCGCACAAGUCCCUCGAUGGCGUGGCCGUCGUGAGUGCUAUCAUUGCGGCGGACGAUCCUGCUGCCGUGUCGAGAGAUUUGCUGGGCAAGGUGAUCAGGGCGAAGAUUCCGGAUGUUGUUGGCACGGUGGGCAGGAAGACGCCCUUGUCGCAUAACAUGACGAAUUUGGUUGUGCAAAAUUUUGCGGCGAAUGUAGCUCUCUGCGUGGGCGCCAGCCCCAUCAUGUCCAACUAUGCUGAAGAAGCGGCCGACUUGGCUAAACUGGGUGGUGCGCUCGUUCUAAACAUGGGGACAGUAACUCCCGAAGGGUUAAAGAACUACGUCCAAGCUCUGAAAGCAUACAACGAUGCGAAUAGACCCGUUGUCCUCGAUCCAGUUGGUGCUGGAGCAACAUCUGUCCGCCGACAAGCCGUCAAAACACUCCUCACAUCCGGCAAAUUCACCAUCAUAAAAGGCAACCAAUCCGAGAUCCAGACCGUCCACGGCGCAACCGUAACCCAACGCGGCGUCGACUCCUCAUCCUCACUCACAAUCCCCCAGCGCGCACAACUCGUCCGCUCGCUAGCCCGUCAACGACAAUGCGUAGUCUUGCUCACCGGCGCCACGGACCUCAUCAGCGAUGGCAGACGCACCAUCCGUAUCGACAACGGCCACGAGUAUCUCGGCAUGAUUACCGGCACGGGGUGUACGCUUGGUACGACGGUGAGCGCAAUGGCAGCGGCGUAUGAGGAGGAUUAUCUGCUGGCGGCGGUGGCGGGGACGGUUAUGUUUGGUGUGGCGGCGGAGAAGGCUGCUCGGAGGGAGGACGUCAGGGGGCCGGGAUCGUUUGUGCCUGCGUUUUUGGAUGAGUUGUUUGGGAUAAAAAGGGCGACGGGGGAUGGGGAUUCGACGUGGCUGGAGUUGGCGAGGGUUGCGGCUGUUGAUGUUGUAGACGAGUGA